GGCAACACUUAUGCCAGUUGUUUAUAAACAAAGUAGAAGUGGGGAAAUGAGUUCUACGUCAAUUAAAAAACGACCUUAUUUAACUAUAGAAUGCAAUUGGGAAAAUAUAUUAAGAUCGACUGGUGGUCAAGUGUGGGUCACGUGCAAACGUUUUCAAGAAAUUGGUAAACAUGGCAACGUGUGGAACGUCGACACCUCUUCCGAAGGUUAUCCCAAAGUUCAGGCUUCGGAAGGUUUCAGAGUUAUUAAUAUCACAAAGAAAACUCUUAAUUUGAUGCAUGAAGAACCCAGUUGUGAAUCACUGUUUGUGGCACCGGUCCUAGUUUUUUCCGACAUUCAUAAGAAGAGCAUUAUCAGUUUAGAUGUUUCCUUAGGUGGUCUGGGAGUCUCUUCUAGUGUAGAUAAUAAAUUGUUUGUUUGGGAUACGUCAAAUGGCGAAAUCAGGAGGGUUUUAAAUGGCCACGUUUGGGACGUGUACAGUUGUAGAUUUUUUCCAUCUGGCAUUGUUGUUUUGUCUGGCGGAGCCGACAUGCAGUUGAAGAUUUGGUCCGUGGAAACGGGAGAUUGUCCGGUCACACUCAGGGGUCACAAAGCCGCAAUUACAGAUACGGCCAUUGUCGAUCGUGGAAGAAAUGUCAUUUCUGUGUCAAAAGAUGGAACGGCUUCACUCUGGGACUGUGGAAAGUCUGCCCAUUUAGAUUACAUUGCCAGAUUCGACAAUGCCAUCAAUGGCUGCGAUAUUUCUUCCGUAAAUGUAGAUCAGGGACACCCAGACAAACAACCAAGCGAACGUGAGAUUGGUACAGAAGGAAAAUUAUUAGUGUUGGGUUGCGAAGACGGUUCUCUUCACACUGUCGGCAUUCAUUCGAGGAAACUGUUACAUUCCUACAAAUUUGGAACGGCAGUAAAUUGCUGUAAAUUUAUAUCGUCGUCUCAAGUCAUCUGCGGCACGCAAGACGGUUACAUUCAUCUUUUCGAGAUCCACGAUUUAAGCGAGCCUUUAGUUACUUGGGAAGAAUCACAGUCUCCAGUGUUAUGUAUUCUUCCGUAUCAACAGGGUUUCUUCGCCGGAAGGAGCGACGGUACUUGCAUGUUUUAUAGUAUUAACAGCGACAAUAUGGUGCAGCUAACGGGGCCAAACAUCGAACCAAUCUAUGCCAUUGCGGUAGACAACAUAUUCUUGUACACGGCCUGUCGAGAUGCAAAAAUUAGGAAGUAUAAACUACCUGUUGUUUUGAUUUAAAUAUUUAAUUUCAGUAUAUUUUUUGUGUGUAAUAUAUAACUUUUUUAAUAUUUAAAAAUAAAAUUUCCAUUUCUGCAGUCUCAAGUAUUAAAAUACUUAAAUAUUUUUUUAU